AUGGAACGUAAGAAUUAUGAUCUGAAUAACCCAACCCACGUUCAAGAACUCAUGCGUUUUCUGGAGGAUGAUGAUUCAAGAGACCCUGCAGAAAACGAGGAUUUGGGUGAAGAGAGUGAUAUCGACGAAAUUGAUGAAGUGGAGCAACGUGAAGGCGAUUCAUUAUCCGAACAAGAUCAAUCAUCUGAUGAAGAGAAUUUGUCAAAUAGCGAAAUUGAAUUUUAUCUAGGACGAGAUAAACAGACUAAAUGGAAUAAAGAGCCACCUUCAAAUAAACGGCGUACACCGUCUCAGCAUAUAAUGGUAAACCUUCCUGGUAGCAAGGGCAAUGCGCGCAACGCUAAAAAUAUUUUAGAUUGUUGGAAAAGUUUAUUCACUGAUGAAAUCAUUCUUAUUAUAGUGAAAUACAAAAACCAAUAUAUAGACACCAUCCACCAUAAAUUUUCUAGGGAUAGAGAUGCUAGACACAAUGACAUGAUUGAAAUACAUGCUUUCAUUGGUUUGUUAUAUCUAGCAGGGGCUUAUAAAUCCAAUCGUCAAUAUCUGGAGGAACUCUGGGGACAGGAAGGUGACGGUAUUGAAAAAUUUGGACUAGUAAUGAAUAUAAAACGUUUCAAGUUCCUUAUUCGUUGCUUGCGUUUUGAUGAUCGAUCUACUAGAAACCAACGGAAAACAUUGGACCGCCUUGCUCCAAUUCGUGAAGUUUUCGACAAAUUCAUCAUAAAUUGUCAAAAUUCAUACUAUCCUGCUGAGAAUGUCACCAUUGACGAGAUGCUACCAGGCUUCAGAGGCAGGUGCUCAUUUCGCCAAUAUAUACCUUCAAAACCAAACAAAUAUGGAAUAAAAAUUUUUGCUUUAGUCGAUGCCAAAAUGUUUUAUACAUUUAACAUGGAAAUAUAUGCUGGAACACAGCCGGAAGGUCCCUUUCGUGUGAGCAAUAAGCCUGUUGACGUAGUAAAAAGAUUAGCAGCUCCAUUAUUUGGAUCAGGUCGCGACAUAACUGCAGACAACUGGUUCACUGAUUUCAACCUCAUCCAUGAAUUGAAAACGCAAAGGUUGUCAUAUGUUGGCACAGUCAGAAAAAAUAAGAGACAUUUACCCUACUCUUUUAUCGAUUUGAAGGAGAGAACACAGAGCUCGUUGCUGAUGACGCUUCGUUAUCAAAGCACCUGCUCCCGGAAUAUGUUUCAUACUAUUCCACCGCCAUGUUAUGGCUCAGAAUUCUAUCCCUCAAGAAAAAGAAUUCGCAACCGCUGA